CGAUGAGUAUACAUGCUAAAACCUCGGGCUUAAUUUUGGACAUCUUGUUGAGUGAACAAUACAGUGGCUGCUUACCGUUGUGGAUAAUGUACGUACAGCUCAUCUUGCACACCCCUGGUACCUCAUCCCAAGCUUAGCUUUGUGCUAUCACGACCACCCAUCAAAUCCCGGAAUCCUACACUACCCGCCAUCUGAUCCACUCAUACCAAAGAGGGAAUAAUUGAUUAUAUGCCUAAGAGCCAAAAUCUCCCCAUCCGUCCAACACCGUGCGCGGAUCAGCAAUCUCCCGGGUCGAAACGAAACAAUGCACAGCCGCGGGCGGUGUGGCGCAUUCUGGCCCCUCGGGCGCGUCACGAUCCGGACAGGGGAACGGUAAACAAAACGGCUGCCGUUGGCUCGCUUGCGCUUGUGCUGGCGGCUGGGAUAUUUUUGGAUUGGGGCUUUUCUCACGUCAGCGGGUGCUGGACGAAUGGGAGAUUUACCUUUGACGUGGGAUGGGCUGAUGGGUCGAAGAUUUGAUGUAAACCGUUGGUGAGUUUUUGCGAGAUGGGAUGAGAAUAGAUUCGGUUGUUGUCGCGCUGGCCUGGGCGGAGGCGCGGUCAGCGUAUAUUGACAGUGGUAAGUAAGUAGGUGUUGAGUAUAUAACUCUCCUGUUGGUCCGCCGGUAUCGUAUCUUUUUGUUUCAUCAUCAUCAGCUUCUUCAUCUACUCUCUCAGUCUUCUCAGCUUUUCUACAGCGCAUCAUUUCCUGAAUUCAAUCAUUUGAUUCUUAUUCUCGUCUCACCUCACCAAUCACCACCACAAACCGCCAAAAUGCAACUCACACCAUUCCUCGCCGCAGCCAUACUCUCCCUCACAUCCACCACCAUCGCCACGCCCAUCUCCCAGAGGGACUACUCCACCCUCUCCCUCUCUGCUCAGCUCUCGCUCGCCGACACCUCCGCAGACCGCAUCGCCCUUCUUCCCGAUCACGCCUCCUUCCUCUUCAACUUCGAUGUUAACCGUGGCAAAGGCGGCCUUGGGGGCGACAUCACCCUCGCAAACCGCAAGACAUUCCCAGCCCUUGUAGGCACACAAUCUGCGAUGGCUGUUGGAUUCCUCGGUCCAUGCGGAUUCAACACCCCUCACGUUCAUCUCCGCGGUACCGAGCUGCAAGUCGUAACACAAGGCACAAUCCACACCGAGAUGAUCGUCGAGAACGGCGUCUUCACGACCGCCGGCGACGCCAAGAGCGGGCGCCGCCUGAUCCAGAACGAUGUCAACGCCAACCAGAUGACGAUCUUCUACCAGGGCAGUGUGCACACACAGUUCAACACCGGGUGCGAGCCGGCUACAUUUGUGGCGAGUUUCAACUCGGAGGACCCGGGCACCGGGCAGGUGGCGGAGGAGCUGUUCGCGUUAAGCGAGGAUGUGGUCAGCGCUGCUUUUGGACAGGCGGUGGAUGGAGCGCAGGUUGAUGAUUUCAAGGGGAAGAUUCCAGCGAGCAUUGCAAAGGGGGUGGAGCAGUGUUUGAUCACUUGUAAGAUUGCGAAGAGGAGCGCUAGUGCUUAGGCGAUGGAUGGUUGGAGAGAAUGGUUUGCAUUGCAUCGGUGUUUGGAUAUAGUAUUUAUGAUUGAGUAGAUAGACUGUUAAUUGAUUAUUGUAAUAAGUUAU